GCAGCGCCCAUGCUCAGAGACCCAGACCCGGCAAAGAACAGUUGGAAACUGGGAGCUAGAGUGUGUCGUGUCAUUUUACGUAUUUACUCAUUAUUUUAAUGAGUAAAUGUGAGGUAUAUUAUAUAGGAUUAUAGCUUUAUUGUAUCCGUUUUGUCAAAUUCUAUUAUAAAAUCAAGCAUGAGCAUAAGGCUGAAGGGUUCCUCUUUCGUUUGGAAUUAUUUUGAAAAAAAAUCAAAUUAUUUUGCAAGUUGCACUUUAUGCAGGAAAGAAUACUCAACGAGCGGCAACACCUCAAACAUGAUUGAUCAUCUCAAACGCAUGCACCGUAAAGAAGUUUCUGAGUUAAAUGAGGAGGAGAUAGAGGAUGAGGAUAAUGACAAUUUACCUUCAACUUCAUCUCCAAAAAAGAAAUUCCGCCAAACUGUUCUACAACUGAGACAGCCCUCAGAUUUUUACAAAAAUAAUAAUCAUAAAAAAAUGAUGCACGAUAUAAGGUACCAUGUAAGAAAACUUUUACUGAGAAAAUUAUUCCUGGGAUUUUUGAAGAAGCGUCCAUUAAAUUGAAAAAUAUUCUGAUCAAUAUUGA